UUUCAGUCAGAGCUGCCUUCCUUUUUCACAUGCUGCCCAGCCUUGCAACAAGUUUUCACAUUAGUGCUCAGACAUAAUAGUUAAAGACCAACAUCGUCUGGAUCCUUUUCACAAUGCAGCUCCCAAUUCUGUUUUAUCUCACUGUAAUGUGGAUACUGCUAUCACAAGCUAAAGACACAGGUGACCCUAAAUGGAAGAUAAACGUGAAUCAGAACAUAACUGCAACAAAAGGCUCAAAUAUAAUCAUAUUCUGCACAUUUGAAACUCCUCCGGAACAAAAAACAAACAUUACAGUUUACUGGAAAACAAAUGGAAGAAGCAGCUGCAGCAGGAACGACAACGACAAGCUGGCAUUUGCUUUUCAUCCUAGCUCCUCUUGCAUAGAUCCACACUUCCAGGGAAGGACAAAACUAAUUGGAGAAGCCAGCGAUGGAAACUGCUCUCUGCAAAUCUUCAAUAUUAGGAAAACUGAACCAUCAAUCUACGUGCGGGUUUCUGGACGGAGCAACUACUACAGCUUCAAGAAACAUGCCGUCAAAUUUUAUGUGGAUGAAAAAAAUUUAAGUUCCUUGAGUCACACAGAUUAUCCCUCAUUUGAGUUUACAACAAGCGCCAUGCCUGAUGUGCAUGACGAUGGGAACAUCAAGAUGUACCUGGCCAUCUUUGUGCCACUUCCCAUCAUUCUCAUCAUUGCUGCAGCUGGGAUAGUCGCUUACAAAACGUACAAGAGGUCACACACGUUCAAACGGCAGGAAUCUGGAUAUUAUGCAAACUUCAGACAGGCAUCAUCAACCACUGCCAAAAGUGAAUCAAUUUGUGAAACAUCAAACCAGAUUAAUCCAGAUCCAAACGUUUAUGAACCUAUUUACCUGAAUAUUCAGAUAUCAGCAAAUCAAAUGGACCAACAAGUGGAACUGUAGACAAUAUAUAUGGAAAUGUGGACUCUGCAACUUAGAAAAAAACAAAUGUCUCGAAG